CCUCCGGAUGUUGUGAUUGUUCACUUGAACAUAAUGACAGAGUAGUAUUACACUUAAUGUAGAGCUUGAAGAACUUUUUGUCUAAAUACUGUAUACUUCUGCUAAUGCUGACUAAGUCGGUAUAUCUUGUUGCGACAUGGUCAUAAUGAUGUUAUUGAAACUUAAUAAACAAAUAAUGAAAGGAGUGUGAACAGACACCGCCGGUCUGCCCGACUUCACGCCGGCAUCACUACCGCCGGCGUUUAGGUUUAUUUGUUUUAUCCCUUGCAACAUGGACAACCGAUGUUACGGCUGUGCGUCAAAGUUCACAAUUUUCAGAAAACAGCUGGGCUGCGGGAACUGCGGACGCUCCUUCUGCUCCGAAUGCGUCGCUAUGAAGGCCGCGGUGCCGCGCCUCGGGAACGCGCAGCAGAGGGUCUGCAGGCCGUGUCACGGCACCCUCACAAGUGGCAAGACUCAGAAUGACAGUGCCAGGUGGUCCCCGCCUGAAAAUUACAAGAAGCGAGUGGCUGCUCUGGAGGCCAAGCAAGCACUGCAGAGGGAAUCCUCCCAGCAGAAGCGUACUUUCGGCAGCACCGGCAACCCAUCUCUGAGCAAAAGCACCCUGAGCAAAAGCCUGAGUAAAGAGGACCAGGUCAUUGCUGGAAGGCUGCAGAAACUGAAGGAAGACACUAAACCAAAGUCCAUCCCAUCUGAAAAAGAGAUUGAGGCCCGCUUGGCUGCAUUGAAAGCUCCAGCACAGCCUGUCCCUUCUGCCGGCGAGAUGGAAGACCGCCUGGCGGCUCUGCAGGGAAGAUCCCUGCCCUCCCAGGUUCCACAGCCUGUGCACCAGCCCCCAGAUACCCGCACCCAGAUGGAGCAAGCUAGUGACCUGCUUAAACAGAUGAAGGAGGAAGUGGCCAUUGAUGGGGGACAGCAGCCAGACUCAGACGAUACCACGUUUGUGCCCUCAGAUGUAAACACCGUACUGAAUGACCUCAACAAGGAUGGGGAGCUUGAGGAGAAUCUUGAUAGCGCCCAGUGGGCAGCAAAACAGCUGGAGGAAGAGAAGAGCCGACUUCUAGCGGAGGCCAUGGAAGAGCUACGGCAGGAGCAUCGUGGCCAGGAGGAGACUUUGCAGAUGGCCCGGAGAAUAGCUGUCCUGAAAGGACUGGACCCAGACUCAGUCACUGCAGAUGACUUUAAGCAAGUGGACAGCGAUGAGGAAACAGAGGAAGAGGCAGUAAAGAGGAUACUGAAAAAGUUGUCUGAAGAAGACACUUUAGACAAGGCAAGUGGCUACAACAUCCCACCUGAGCAGAGUGGCCCCCGAAACAUGGAGAAACCUGGAACUGUUAAAGUGCAGAAGGCAUUUGCUCGUAGACCUCCUGCUUCCAAAAGCCCCAUCCAGGACUCGGACAGCGGAGAUGAGGAUGUGCUUCCGUGGUGCUGCAUCUGUAACCAGGAUGCCACCAUCCGCUGCCAUUCCUGUGAUGGAGAUCUAUACUGCCAGCGCUGCUUCAGGGAAGGGCAUGAUAAGUUUGACAGACGAGAACACAGGACUAGCUCCUACCGGGCGCCACAGAAACCAAAGAAAAAGACGUGAGGAGGUGCAGGAACUGAGGGUACUCCCAGUAAAUUGUUUUAGAGGGGUGAGCUGCACGUCCACUUCAUGUGUGAUACUGUAUCCUCCUUUGAGCAGCAGUUCACCCAGGACAUUGCUGUGUCACAUCACCACAGAGUUCUGAAAUGUAAUUAACCUAAUAUAAUGUGCUUUUCACAAGUGAUUAAUUGCACUUCUGUUGUUCCACUCAACAGAUCAUGUUGGAAUAAAUCUCUGAAAAGCUGUCAUUUUUGAGCUGGGCGAUACUGUAUUUACCUGAACUUGAAUUUGUUUGUAUUCUAAUUCUUUCAUUUUACAUGUGUGUAUGUUUUGUCUGGUUUAUUCACACACUGAGUUUCAUGUUCCACAGAAGUUCAUGGGAGAUACACAGAUCCACACAUCCUUCACAAAGCCAGUGAAGAGUUUAGAUAAAUUGUUUGAUUGAGCUUGAGGGAUACAGAGUUGAUUCAGACAUCUUGCAGACUUUGAGGGGCAGUUUAGCAGCAGUGGAAUAGUCACGACUUCCAAGCAGCUUCAGAUUUUAACUGGGAAGUGUAAACUUGGAGUUAAAUCAAUUUGUGUUUGUUUCUUAACUCUUGAAUAUGUACAGGUUCAAUGUGGUUUAGUCACACAAUGCAUUUCAUGUAACUGGAUUAGACUGGACAGGUGAGGGGAAAGCAUCAUUUCAAUUUGUAAUGUCACAGUUUUCGUUUUUGAGUUAAAAUGAAAUUAAUUUUGGACUGAACUGGUGAUGAGUACAUUUUCUUUUAAUAUUCUUCAAAGACAUACAUACAAUAUUAGGCUCAUGUAAUGAAGGUUUGGGAUUAAUCCUGGUAUGGAAGAAUUUAAUAAAUGCAUGUAACCCAGGACUGCCUUUGUAACUGUU